AUGGUCCAUCCGGACCAGAGUGACCAGGUGCCCGGGAUGAUCGAGCGCUACCAUGCCAUGAUCGAGCGCGGCAACGGUGUCGUCCACCGCACGGAAGACUGGGGCCGGCGUCAGCUUGCCUUCCCUAUCGCCAAGAUUCACAAAGCCCACUAUAUCCUCAUGAACAUUGAGGUUGACCAGGGUGUGUACGAUGAGUUGAUGAGCGCUUUCCGUUUCAACGACGCGGUUAUCCGCAGCAUGGUCAUUCGCCGCAAUGAGCCGCAGGUAGGUAACUCGAAGAUCUACGAAGAAGAAUUGCGCGAUCAGGAAAAAGACAAAGAACGCGAACGUCGUCGCGAAGAAGAAUAUGCCGCUCGUGCUGCGCAGAACGCCAGCUCUGAAGAAGAAAGUGGUGAGUCAUCAGAUAACACCGAAGCAGCUGCAGAGUCUGCUGCGGAUACCGAAGAGGUCGAGGAGAUUUGGAUGAAUAUUAUUUUACUCGAGCCGGUGAACAAUCUAGGUGAACUCGGUGACGAAGUGGUGGUUAAGCCUGGUUUUGCCCGUAAUUUCCUGAUUCCUCAGGGUCGAGCGGUGCAGGCCAAUAAGACCAAUCGUGCAGAGUUUGAAGCACGUCGCGCGGAGCUUGAAUCAGCUGCCAACGAAAAACUUGGUGCAGCUCAAACCCGCGGCGAAAGUCUGAAAGACGUUGUCCUUACGAUGGUUGUGAAAACCGGUGAAGAAGGACGUCUCUACGGUUCAGUGGGCACUCAGGAUAUCGCUGAUGCGCUCACCAGUGAUGGACAUGAAGUAGCGCGCGCGGAAGUGCGCAUGCCGGAAGGUGUGAUCCGUAUGACCGGAGAAUACGACAUUGCGCUGCAGUUACAUUCAGAAGUCACCGUGGACAUCAAAGUCAACGUGGCUGAACAGUCUGUAUUAGGGGGGCUGAUGCUGAACAACGAAGCCUGGUUCGACCUGGUGGAAAUUGUCCAUGCUCACGACUUUUAUCGCACCCAGCAUCAGAUUAUUUUUGAAGCGAUGAUGGCGCUGGCAAAUGCCGAUGAGCCCAUGGACGCCGUGACCGUAUCAGAACGCUUGCGCUCUCAGGCGUUGCUGGAAAAGGCGGGUGACGUCACCUACCUUGCAGAACUGGCAGAGGCAACGCCAGGCGCCAGCAACGUGCUGGCGUAUGGCAAAAUUGUCCGUGAGCGAUCAAUCAUGCGUCAGCUCAUCGGUGCUGCCAACAAGAUAGCCGACGCUGCUUUUUCACCCGAUGGCCGCGACAGCAACGCGCUGGUUGAAAUUGCCGAACAGUCGGUAUUUGAAAUUGCGGAAAACCGCAGCACAGAAGGUGGUCCGGAAAAAGUUGCACCGCUGCUGUCCAGAGCGGUGGAAAAAGUAGAAUUUCUCUACAACAACAAAGGCGGCACCACAGGUGUUGCAACAGGGUUUGCAGAUCUUGAUAAAAAGACCUCUGGUCUGCAGUCCUCAGAUCUGGUGAUUAUUGCCGCCCGCCCUUCCAUGGGUAAAACUGCUUUUGCGGUGAACAUGGUUGAGCAUGCGGUCAUGUCCGGCGAGGCAGUGCUGGUGUUCAGUAUGGAGAUGCCUUCAGAACAGAUUGUCAUGCGUAUGCUGUCGAGCCUGGGCCGUAUUGAUCAGACGCGUUUGCGCGACGGAUCGUUGCAGGACGACGACUGGGCGCGUUUCACCGGUGCAGUCAGUCAGUUGCGCGAUAAAAAACUCUACGUUGAUGACACGCCGGCGUUAACGCCUGGCGACGUGCGCUCCCGGGCGCGCCGGGUCGCACGGGAAGCCGGUGGUCUGGGUCUGAUUGCGGUGGAUUAUCUGCAGCUGAUGCGGACCGCGGAUAAAUCUGAAUCCAGAGCCGGUGAAAUUUCUGAAAUCUCCCGUUCUUUAAAGGCGCUGGCUAAAGAAAUGCGCUGUCCGGUGAUCGCUCUUUCCCAGUUAAACCGUGCACUGGAAGCCCGGCCGGACAAACGCCCGAUGAUGUCAGACCUGCGGGAGUCUGGCGCUAUCGAGCAGGAUGCCGACGUCAUUUUGUUUAUCUAUCGUGAUGAGGUUUACAACGAAGAUACCGAAGACAAAGGUGUUGCAGAAAUCAUCAUCGGCAAACAGCGUAAUGGUCCGAUUGGCAAAGUCCGCCUGUCGUGGAUCGGCAACCUGACCAAAUUUGAAAAUCUGGGGCAGUGCAACGCCUGUAACGAGUGGAACACGCUGUCCCGGGUGAAUAUCAGCCCGAUCAAAGAAUCCCGGGUAGGUUUUGCCGGUGCCGCAGCGCAGAUUCAAAAACUCAACGAAGUCAAAGCACAGGAAGCCGAGCGCCUGACCACCACUUUUGGUGAGCUGGAUCGCGUCCUUGGCGGCGGCCUGGUGCCUGGUUCCGUGGUGCUGAUUGGUGGCGAUCCUGGCGCUGGUAAAAGCACACUGCUGUUGCAGGUGUGUACAAAAAUGGCGCAAUCCCGUGGCGUCUUGUAUGUCACCGGGGAAGAGUCUCUGCAGCAGCUGGCGAUGCGCGCCAAGCGUCUGGAGCUACCGAUGGACGGGCUCGAUGUUGCCUCGGAGACGCGCGCCGAAGUGAUUGCCAGCCACAUCACCCAGCGUAAACCCGAUGUGGUUGUGCUGGAUUCUGUGCAGGUAUUGCAGAUGGAUGCCCUUGAUGCAACGCCGGGUUCUGUGACCCAGGUGCGCGAAACCGCGGCGUUUUUCACCCGUCUGGCGAAACAGACAGAUACCGUCAUUAUUCUGGUUGGGCACAUCACCAAAGAGGGUGGGCUGGCAGGUCCGAAGGUGCUGGAACAUAUGAUUGAUUGUUUCAUGAUGCUCGACAGCCCGGCAGGCAGUCGUUAUCGAACCUUGCGCGGUCAUAAAAAUCGCUUUGGCGCCAUCAAUGAGCUUGGUGUCUUUGCCAUGACAGAUCUGGGCAUGAAAGAAGUGGCUAACCCGUCAGCGAUUUUCCUGCAACGCGGUGAAGUAGAUUCCCCCGGCAGCGUCGCGACGGUGACCUGGGAAGGUACAAGACCUUUGUUGGUGGAGAUUCAGGCACUGGUGGAUGAAGUGGCAGGAGGCUACGCCAAACGCGUUGCUGUGGGCCUGGAUCAGCAGCGGCUGGCGAUGCAUCUGGCGGUGAUGCACAGGCAUUGUGGCAUUACCCUGGCUGAUCAGGAUGUGUUUGCUAAUGUGGUUGGCGGUGUGCGCAUCACGGAGACCGGUGCUGAUCUGGCGCUGCUGCUGGCGGUGUUAUCGUCUUUUCGUGAUCGGGUGCUGCCGCGGGAUCUGAUUGUUUUCGGGGAGUUGGGUCUGACCGGCGAACUGCGUCCGGUGGCUAACGGCCAGGAGCGCCUGCGUGAGGCCGCCAAGCACGGCUUCAAGCGCGCGAUAGUGCCGUUUGCCAAUCGUCCCAAGGAAAACCUGCCUAACAUGGCAGUGCACGGCGUGCAGAGCCUCAGCAGUGCCUUAGAGGUUCUGACUAACCUCUAA